CGAUCUACACAGUUUUUGUUGUUGGCAAUUUCCCUUACAGAUAAUGUCCUUGAAAAUUGAUGUAAUAUGAUUCCUUUUCCACACUUAAUCAAUCAAUAUGUAGUACCUAAAUUAUUGAUGAGCUUCCACAGUCUGAAUAACUUUUGAUACUGCUUCAAUUGAACAGGAAACUCCGUUUUCGUUAGAUUCUCACAAAAUUGGCGCCAACAAAGCACCAUGUGGUCUCACGUUAUGCGCACGCGUGCCUACCAUAUAGACACUCCCGUGGCAACUAGAGGCUCGACCGAUCCACAACAAACAGUCUCAACACCACCGAGCCGUAAACAUAGUAACCCGAAGUUUGUUUUUCGCGCACUAACAAUCAGGAGAUCUCCCAUCGGCGAAGAGAAAGUUCUCUUAUCAAUCGGCCGCAAUCUUCAAGAAAUCCCUGGCUUGUCCCCGUAUCGGUUCAAGGUUCAACCGCGGUUCAACGUUCAGGUGCGAAAUGAGCUCGAACAACAAGCAACUGGGCAAGUGCACCUCGGUCACCAACUCGCUGCUUCCGGAGUCCAGCUCUAGCACUGGGAGCACCAGCAGUAGCAGUAGCAGCAACUGGGACAAAACGGAUUACAGUUCCUUCCAGUCGGAGAAACUAUCGACUCGGGAUGAAGACGCCCUUAGCUCGAUUUCGGGAUCAUCUUUGUCGUCUUCACCGGGUCGUCGUCGUCGCAGAUCUCGCCACGGUGCCAACAAUAACGGCUUUCAGGUGGAAAUUCUGAGCUCCGAACCGGAAGAUUUCGACGAAAGUGGCCAUCUGUUUCACAUGGACAUCAUGAAGGACAGUUUGAGCGAUAUAUCGUUGGGUUCGUCGCGGCGCGUGUCCACCGUGAAACCGAAGAAAUCCCAGAACUUGUCCUUUUCGCGGGAUCGUGUACGAGAGAUUGAACGACACAAUCAACUAUUGCUGCAGAGGAUCAUGACCACGAAGCCAACGCUGAGCACCAAGGCAAAGCCGAGUGCCACAACGAUAAGUACACCCUCAAACAAUAACUCAAGGACCACAAGUGCGGCAGUCAAUCGCAAGAAAAAGCAACGUCAAAUUGAUAUUGAUAAUCAGCUUCUUCGUAAGAAACUGGAGAAAAUCGAACGGACGCGCCGUAGCGCAUGGUGAAGCGGGUUUCUUUUUCAAGAACAGAUCAUGUUUAGAAUAGGGUUUAUUUCUACAAUGAGGUUUCAAAGACUAAGAGUAGGAGAUGCGUAUCAUAUCGGAACGAUUUAAAAUUGUGAACAAUCAAAAUUCUGAAAAUAAAAUAUGUAAUGAGUAUAAUUAUUGAAGGGAUU